UAUUGACAUACAAACAUUGUUGUUGUACGUAUGUUAGACGUUUGUUUAUAAUAACACAGAAAUUAUUAAACUUAAAAAUUUGUUAAUAGUAUGAUUAAAUAAUUAUUAAUAUUUUAAGAUAAAAGAAUUGCAUGUUAUUUUUUUAAAAUACAUUAUUUUUAAAUAAAUUGUAAAAUGGCACAAGAAGGAAAGAAAAUAUCAUUUGGUUUUUCAAAGUCAUUAAAAAAAGCACCUUUAAAAAGUACAGUAGUACAACAAAGUGAAAAAAUAGAUUUUAUUAAAUGUCUUGAUGAUCAAUCAAUUAAAGUUAUUGGUGGUGGUGAAGAAGAAAAAAAAAACAAUGUCUUGGUGAUACCUAUGAAAGGUGGUAAAACUUGGCAUGAUAGAGUACUAAAUAAAGUUGAUGCUGACAUUUACGAGCCAAAAGACAAAAAAAACACAUCCAAAAGAAAAAUAAAUAUUAAAAAAGAGCCAAUUGAUCAUUCUGAAAAUCAAAAUGGUAAUGCAUCUGUUAAUGACACUCCCAUUGAUGUAUCAAAAAUUAAACAAGAAACAGAAAAUAAACCUCUGUCUCUGGAUGAAAUGGCUGCACAAGAAAUCCUUCUAGAUUCAACAAAAGAACCUGGACAAAAUGAAAUUAAAAAAGAUUUUACAGUGCCAAUAAAUGAUCAAGCUGAUUUAGUUGGUGCAAAGGAGUCAACCCUGGAUGAUUAUGAAAAUAUACCAAUUGAACAAUAUGGACUUGCAUUAUUGCGUGGUAUGGGUUUUGAUGAAGCCAAACAUAAAGACACAAUAAUAAUAAAUCCUGAAGACUUGUUACGACCCAAAGGAAUGGGUCUUGGUGCUGAUAAAUACUUAAAAAUGAAUGACUUUAAAUAUACAAAACCUAAAACAAAAGAAGAAGAAGAAUUAAAAUUAAUUGUUGGUGCUUAUGUUAAAAUAUUAGCUGGUAAAUAUAAUCAUUAUUAUGGACAACUUGAAGGUUUUGAUGAAGAUGCAGGAAGAAUAAUUGUUAAACUUGGACUUACUGGAAAUUCAGUGUCUCUUAUUGCUAGUAUUGUUGUACCAGUUACAAGAACUGAAUAUAAUAAAAAUGCAAAAGUCUUGAAUGCGUCACAAUAUGAAGAGCACAAAAAUAAAUUAUUAAAGGAAGAGUCAACAAAAAAAAAUGAUAAUACUUCGAGAAUUGAUUUAAAUAAAAAAUCUAAAAAAUAUGAUGAUGAUAGCAGUGGAUCAGAUAGAAAAAGUAGAAGAAGAAAAUCAUCAACAGACAGUGAAGAUAAUUACAGAGAAAAAAAAUCAAAGAAAAAAAGUAAACAUCAUGAUAGAGAUUCAUCAAAACAUUCAAGUAAAAAGAGUAAAAAAAAAGAUCGUGAAAGAACAAGAGACAGAAGAGAUCGUUCUGAAUCACCAGAAAAAAAAAAACAUAGUAGAAAACAUAAACGAUCAAGAUCUUGAAUU